AAAGGCGAGUUCGACUUGCUACACAUGAAGGAGGGGGAGCCGUUGGACGACUAUGCUGGCAAAAUCAGUGGCAUGGUGGCGAGGUACGCCAACCUCGGUGCAACACUCGACGACUCCGCCAUGGUCAAGAAUCUCCUCGACACCGUCCCAGAUCGGCUCUACCCUGUCGUUGUGGGGAUCGAGCAAUUUUGUGAUGUGGAGAAGAUGCCGUUUGAGGAGGCGCUUGGGAGGCUGAAGGCCUUCGACGAGCGUUCUCGGCGGCGCACUCAAGCCAGCGAGACCGGUGAUGGCCAGCUCCUGCUCACGGCGGCCGAGUGGCAGUCUCAGCAAAAGGACAAGUCCACACGAAAGAAAGGUAAAUGCAAUAAUUGCGGUGUUCGUGGGCAUUUUGCCAAGAAAUGCCGCGAGCCAAAGAAGGAAGAGGCGCUCCUCGCGACAGCCGAUGACGAGCCGUGUCUCCUGUGA